AUGGGGGCUCAUAUAAGGAGAACAGCGGAAAAAGCUAACAAAGCCCUAGCGGCGAUAGGAAGGCUGAUGCCCAAAGCUAGAGGUCCGAGAGAGGCCACAAGAAAAAGUCUUGCUAAGCACUCAACGCCGGACGGCUAUCUAUGUAACUGGAGCAUACAGAACCGUAUCCACAUAUGGGCUAGACAAAGAAUGGAAGAGAGGUCAACUGAGAUGACCAACGCUAACACGAGUAUGCUCGAAAGAUGGCAGGAAUGGUGGCAAGGAGAAGCAGACACACUGUGGACGCGCAGACUUAUCCCGGAUAUAGCUCCCUGGUUUUCGAGGAAGCAUGGUGAUACCACGUACCACCUGACACAGCUACUAACAGGGCACGGGUGCUUCCAGACUUACCGCAAACACUUCCAU